AUGACCUCAAUCAACUAUAUAGCCAAAGCUGCAAUGGCCCCCGAGGAUGCGAUCGGCACCAGGACCAAAUUUUUUGGCCAAGCACCCUGUGGUUGUUUGGCCAUCAGGUCUGGUCUUCAGAAAGGGUCUCAUGACGCAAUGUGGAAUAUUGUUGCAGGAUGCAUUGGGUCGUCGUGGAUAGUGGGGAGGAUACUCGGCAACGAUCAACCCGCCAUUGAGAAGGCGAAGAGUUGGGAUGCACAAGCUGGUGCUGUCUUGAACUUUGUGAUUUCUCAGCAAUUUGAGCUACUUGGAUGA